GGGGGGGGGGGGCACAUUGGCGUUCGGUGAAGUGUUUUGGGAAAGGAAACAAGCUAUAAAGGUAGAAGGUAUCUUCAAAUCAAUCUUCCUACCUAAAGUCCAUGUGUUCUUCAUGAUUAAUGUCUACUUUUAUUGACAUGAAAUUAUUUCCAAGCUCUACGCAAAUCAUUUUCAUGAACUUUUCAUUAGUAAGUGGUGCUCACUCAAGCGGAAAGAUUUUUCGACAGUUAUAUCAUUUGCUUGAAGAGAUCUGUACCAAUGAGGAAAAAGCUUCAGGAUAUUACAAUGAUUUUACAGCAUUAUGAAGUGUAAAGUAUUUUUGAUACGCACUGAAUAGGCUAAAUAAUCCACUCUAAUUAAAUUCAUCUCUCUUUUAACAGCUGUACGUAUAUUUGUUUUGAUUUUAAAUACAUUAUUUUAGUUGUUUUAUUCCCAAUUAAAGUGAAGACCAUUCCAGAAUUGUUUUUCAUAACGGGUAAACAGGCAUGGAUAUGCUUGAGUUUUUCAAUGUCAUUCGCUUCUAAACUUUAAUUUAAAAAAAAAAUGUCUGUCACAUUUUAAUUUAUCAUUAUUUUCCAAAAUAUGUUUUGAUUUGUAAACUCCCUUAUCGUACAACCUGAUAUCUUGUAUACAACUUCCUUUGUAUCGAAUUAACUUAUUAUUGAAAAUCGCCACUCCACCAAACUCUGUACUUCUAAUUUUAUACCCACUCAUCUAUUAUAAUAAGUCCGUGUAAUUUUAGUCACACGAAAUCAUCAAACAUCUACCCAAAUAUUUAGUGACAAAAUUAAAGUACUGUUUCCAUUUCAUGUCUUCGUCUUUAUGUAAUAGUUUCCGAAUCCACGUAAUUCGCGGUGCUUUUACCUACGUAGGAAAUUUGAACAUCUUUAAUCCUCCUUGCUUCUAGUCUGAAAUCAUUGUAUUCUUAUUAAUUUUUUUUUCUUUCCUUUCCUUAUGAAAUAAAAAACAAAUUCAUCCAAUGAUUAAUAAACUGAUUUUGGAACAGGAGUAAGAGAUGCUCGAUGUGCAUCGCCAGUCACACUCGUGAGGGUUACAUCAAGUCGCUGCAGCGAUUGAGAGUGGGGUGGAUGGCGCCACGGCGCUUUAUACCCACUGAACUAGAAAUACGUAUACUUAUUAUAUACCCCACUCUCGAUUCGAUCGAGUGUGACCUACGAGUACUCUCUCGUUGAGAAAUACCAUGGAUCAACCCAUGGAAAUACGUACAGCCAAUAGCAGUUUUGUGCUGGCAUAGCUCUCCAUGCAAUCGUGCAUUGUCCCGGCAUUGUCCCUGGUCAAAACACAUGAAUAAUCGCACUGAAAUUUUUUUUUGGCUUGUAUACGAUCGACGUUUGUUUCAUGUGUGAUGAACCAGCCAAGAAUUUCAUGUAUUAUGCUGCAUUUUCAAGUUCACGGAUCAAAUGACCUCUAUGGAAACACAACCGUCAAUGGAUUUGUUAGGAGAAGCCGAAGGAUUGAGCAGAAUGAACCUUAGAUGGAAAUAACACACAGCAAGAAUACACUGUGAAAGUUUUCUUAUGGAAUUUUCAAAGUGAACACAUCAACUGUGAAUAAUGGGAGGUCCUGCUGAAAAUGUGAGGAGAGACCGAAUGCACCGUUGGUUUCGUGCUCGAUGGGGUUGGGUUGUGACUGCAGCUGGAUUCAUCGUCAACCUUGUCACCUAUAAUAUGCUUUACUGCUAUGGAAUCCUCCUUGUAACUUUCCAACAGGAAUUUAGUACCAAUACCGUAACAGCAGGUUGGGUGGGCUCCGUAGCCAUUGGGAUAUCAUGUCUGUCCUCACCCAUUGCGAAUCCUCUCAUCGAGCUAUUUGGCAACCGAGUGGUCAUUGUCAUCGGAAUCAUCCUUUGUUUCAGCUCCGUGAUCUUGACCUCAUUCAUGCCUGUCCUCGAAGCCAUGUAUUUCACAUUCAGUAUCCUAUACGGAUUGGGAGCGGGAUUUCAGCUCAUGAGUAGCACUAACCUAGCUCUUCAGUACUUUCCUGCCCUCAACUCUACCCGUUCCGUCUCUAUCAUCAUGUCCGGUGCCAAUAUUGGCAUGUUGUGUACGGGACCCUUUCUACUUUACCUGGUAAAUAACAUUGGUUGGCGAAACAGUCUCCGUGUCAUGGGCGCCAUCAUUCUUGGUAUUGGGCUACCGAUGACCUACGCUUACGAUCAACCAAGGAACAUUCUGCAGAAUAUCAACAUUCCCGAAGGCACAAUGGAGGAGUCAGCUCAGGAGUCAGCUCCAGCAGAGAAAGUACAGUGUCUUCCAUCAAACAAAGAAGCCAUCGAGCAGAAAACGUGCACUUCUGAGAUGAACUCAAGGGAAGAAUGCGAACCUCUAAAAUGCAAAGAUACAGGUUGCCAUGGAAAUGAGAAGUCAACACUAGAUGGUGGAAAAAGAAAGGGUCAAAAGAGAAACUUAUUCUGGCGUAUUCUGGUGGUUUUGACCUUCCCUGAUCUUUGGUUGUUCUGUAUAGCAUGUUUUGGUUAUGGCGCUUGUUCUUCUUUCGUGUAUGUACAUGUGGUUCCAUACUGCUUGUCCUUGGGAUUCACGGAGGAGAAAGGUGCACAAGCGAUCAUGGCAAUUGGGAUAUCCACACUCCUUGGAAAGUUCGUAUUGUCCUAUUUUGGUGACCGGGUCCCGUUUCCAAAAAUCUUCAUUUUCUUGGUAGCCACUGGAGUUGGAAUCUCGCUUUCGAUCUACCUUCUAUUCAUCUCAAGUGUAAUCGAAAUAUUCAUCAUAAUCACGCUUAUGGGGCUGUUGGUGAACGGUAUUUGCGACACAUUGCCGUACUCAGUCUGUAACCAGAUCUUUGGAGUCGAGAGGGGUAUGGAGACUUGGACUCUUGUCACCUGUUUUCAUGGGGUUGGGUAUCUGAUAUCAUCCGUGUUUGGAAAGAGUGUCGAUCAGACAGGGUCAUACAACGGUGCUAUUUGGGCAACAAUCAUCAUCUAUGCUGUCUCAGGUCUUCUCUGUGUGAUGGUUCCAGUUUAUCAGAGACUGUUUGCUCGGGACAGGUUUGUCAUGGCCGACUCCUUUCAGAGGUGCUGCUCCAGAAAAUGUGGCCAGGCAAAGGAGCAGAUUAAAGAAAAGAACAAUGACAAAUUUGGCGAUGUUUCGGUGAUAGUUGACUUGCCAAGGGAAUGAAUAAUUUGUCUUUUAUUAUGUGCUUGCAUUGUUAUCCCAUGAGGCGUGCCUUAGAACAAAAUAUAUAUUAACAGACGGAGAGGGCGCCUGUCAUGCUUAUGGAGGGGAGCUUGAGGAAAAAUGUUGGGAAAUAAUGAAAAAAUAUUUUAAAGACAUGCCUAUAAUAACCGAUGGUAGAGGUGAUGGUGCGAAUUAUCACUUCCAAGGCAGUCAAAAAUACAUAUUUACACCGUCUGCUGAGUGAUGGUCCUGGUUUCAAUGCCCGAAACAUAGUGAUAAUUUUCUUUCAUUGGUCUGAGGCGCAACUUUAUACUUUGGUUCGCGUGUUUACUGCUCGAGUAUAAUAAGAGGGCAUUUAUUCACGCAUAUUCGGGGACAUGGUAAAUAUAAUUAAAUGUGAGGAAUUUGUUAGAGAUAGUACGGAGUGCAACAUACUUUCUCAAACAGUAUAGAGUGCAAUAAACUUUCAUAUCGUGCACAAUCCACGUUUUGAUAAAACGCGCCGUUGUUUACACGAGGAUUCAUAAUGCGUGGAAUAUUACAAAUAAUUUUCUUUGUCAGUUGCAGUCAUCGGAAGUGGAAAAUUAAUGCAUUUAACCGAUACGCUUGAUAUAUUUUACACAAAUAUAUAACUAACACUACGAAAAUGGAAUAUUAAUAUUGAACAUAAUCUUCCAAUUUAUAAAUAAUGAUCUGAUGCAGUGAUGUACGAGUCUAUUAGCAUGAGUUUGGGUUUUUAUGCUUUUUGUCUGUAUAAUGUUGAUUUUUUUAAAUAUCUAACUUUUUUUUUUUUUUGGAGGGGGGGUGGGAUUUAAAGCAGGAAUCACAUUGGUGUAAUCCUUAAGGAGAAUUUUAAUAAUAGUAAUAUCCCUCAUUGAAGCUGUGACAUCAGUGGUCAGUUAUUCUAUUUUUUUAUAGAGAGGGGAGAGAGAGAGGGGGCGGGUUGCGAAAUUAACUGCGCACAGUGGGCCAGAAUGGGUUGAAAGUGCGCCAAAAUUAUAUUCGGUGUUAUACUUUAACGUGUUCUCUAGGGGUAAUUUUGGGCGUAGAAUCGACUGAACAUAAUUUAAGGCCGAUAUGACGUCACCUUGAUACCAAAUUUUGAUGGCUACGUAAAACCUAUCUGUGAAAAGACAAAUUAUGCUAAACAAUGUGUAGUAUAUAAAUUUUGUGUUAUGUAUUACUUUACGAUUGUCCUGAGUGAAUGUUCUUUAAUGCUUCUCACAUGCCUAAAAAGUGUUUAUGAGAUCCCAAAAAAAUUAUGACAUCAAAAUGAUCAUUGAAUAAAAAAAUACUUUAAAAUACGAAAAUAAUAACCGUGCUUUAUCAAGCUGUGUAGACUUGGGUAAAACGCAGAGUAUAUCACACCACGAAUGUAUCACUUUAUGAGGAGGGCUUUUGGCUGAAAUGAUGCUACGAGUAACUUUUUAUCUCUGGAAGAGGGGUGGGUAGCCCUUAUAUGCGUUAUCAACCUUCAUUUUGUUUACAUUAUGCCCGGAAUUCAUGUCAUUUUUCAUGGAAUGGAAGGGGAAUCGACCUCGCCGUGCAAAAAUGAAUGGCAAUGUACACCCCAUACGAUGCGCUGAGAUGACUGCGCGGUAUCAAAAUGACCAUUUUGGGGGUGAUGUGUCAAGUAAAAUCGGCUCUAACAUAAAAACGGGCAGCUAAAUUUGGUAUCAACGUAAAGCUUAGACAUCGGGAAAAAUGAUGCUGAUAGAAUUUAGACGGAAAUCCACGGAAAUCUAUAAACUUUUCUAAUGUAAAUGCAAAAAACAUGGAUUAUCAGCCUAUUUCGAGGAAUAAUUAUCCUAUAAACCUCCUGAAAAGUGUAUUUUUUCUACUUUGAACCCUUUCACACGGAAAAAGAAUUUAUCAGGAUUAUUUGGGAGCCAUUUCAGAUUCCUACAUGAAAAACCUCCAGUGAAAUGGCCUGUUUUUCAACUAGGUUGUCAUAUACGCGGUAUUUCGCAAAAUGUCACAUUUUACGAUUUGAGGUAGGAAAUUAACAACCUUUAUGCACAUUCCGGAAUGAAAUAUUUUGCUGAAGUAUUCUUCAAAGUGUUGUCUUUCAGCUGGGUAUGACAAAAAUAAAAAAUCUGGAAUUGCCCAAAAUGACUUUUGGCGCACUUUUGUUUCGCCCCGGCCCACUGUGCUGCGGUGGGAAUAAUAAUUCCGCGGGCGGGUUAUGUAUAAAGGUACAUUAACUCUUGCACUAACAAAACGAAUCCAUUUAGGCACCAUAAUCAUUCAACGAACGUACCGAAGUGACGGUAAUCUAAUAAAUUUGAGGGUCACACAGACAAAAAAUCUCGCAGGUCAAUGUUUGAACAUUUCGAAAAGAAAACGAAAUUUCUACUUCUUGCUAUAUAGAAUCCAUCUAAUUUUCAUGAGCAGAGGUGUAAAGUCUUUGUGUCUUUAUUUCAAUCGUUCAUGGUAUACCUUUGAAUAAAUGCAAUAGAUUUUUCCCAACAAAACUAAAUACGGGAUGGGCACAAAUAUCGUUACAGAAAUAUUAUUUAUAUAUGCAAUUCCACAAGGUAAGUAUGGAGGUACUAUAUUAUGUAAAAUUUUGUUAUUUUCAUUUAUUUUCUUACUUUUAUACAAAAAUGAAACAUUAAAAUGCAUUAUAUUUUGGGUAAUAUAUGAUAUGAGGUCGAAUGCAGGGUUAUGUUAUUGAUGUUAAACAUCGUAAUUAUAUACAAUAAUAAAUUACAAAGAGUUGCGAUUGAUCCGAUCAAUCGCAAUUAUGGAAAGCCAGCAAAGUCAACAUAUUAAAUGCAUGUUUGUUCAAAAAAUUCUAGAUAUAAAUGUAUAUCCAUAAAUUCAUUGAUUUCUAAUUGAUAAUUUGGUGUGUUCUCCUUUGUUUGCAAAGGACAUUUUGCAAAUUUCCUGUAGAAAAAAUUAUGACACUGAUGGAUUUCCAUAGAGUUACGAUUGAUUGGAUCAAUUGUAACUCUUUGUAAGACGGGGCCCUGGUGUUGCAAGUUGCAAUAAGGUUAAUAGACCUAAUGAUGUAGAUUAUUUUUCACCAGGUGAUUCAUCAGUUUGUUAUUUCAUGAUCUUCUCACUAAAGACAUUUAUGGCAUUCAAUGCUGGAGCGUUGAUAUGAUAUAUAUAUUUUUUAAUCUUGAAUUUUUUUCAAUAAACUGAAAUUCCAUGUAAAUAUAAUCAAAUCAUCUAAUGCAUUUUCUUUCUUAAGUUACACGCAUGCCUGCAUUGUCACAUGUUUUUUUGUAUACCCCCGGGGGGGGGGGGGGGGGGCGCCUCAGGGCAAGUGAUGGAUGGAAUUGUGCCCCAUCUAACUAUUAGUUUCGAAUGCUCCUAUAAUUAAUCAUGGAAUUAAAUUCGAGUGUGUCUUUA